GCCGAGCACCCUCGCUGCCUCCGUUCGGUCUUAACGCUGUCUCAUUCUUUCAGGAUGUAGCUCUAUUUUAUGUAUCUAAUCUUACUAUCGGAAAGCAAAAGGAUUUAUUACAACGAUUUAGCAUUACAUCGCCAUCUGAUGGCUGUUGUCUAUUUUCUGCUGCGAAAACGUCUCAUCAUUGUCGGCAUGAAGCCUCAUAGAUACUCAUACUCUGCUUCUCGAUUUAUCGGAGGACUAUUUUUAGUGUCAAAAACGCUUGGGAGGUGUGUAAUGAGUAAUUAG